AAUUUAUAUCGUGAAGUAAAUUAUAUGAACAUUUAUGAAUAGUCUGCCAUCUUGGUUGAUUAUUAUUAUACAAUUCAGGUAAUAAUAUCUAACACUACCACCCUGAAGUGAAUUAAGUUUUGUUAUUUACAAGUUAACUGAUACCAGUAAAUAAAUCAGCCUACAAAUUACAUUUAGGUACGAAAUAGUGAUAUGAUAUUGUACCGUAUGUAUACGUGUUACUGUAACACUCGUGUGGGAUAGUAGAUUAAACAACGUCAAAUGGAUUUAUUGCUUUAACUGAAUUGCUGCACAUACUGCCAAAUAGCGGACAAACGUUUUAUAUCUAAGUUUUCAGAAUCUAAUUGAAGACAACAAUGGCGAUUCACGUACUAGGGCUUGUUUCAAUCAUCGUCUUUUACCUGCUUAUCUUACUGGUUGGUCUGUGGGCAGGACGAAAGACCAAACAGGGGGACAAAGGUAAAGAGGCAGACAAUAUGAUGAUAGCAGGACGUAACAUAGGCAUGUUCGUCGGAACCUUUACCAUUACAGCUACUUUGAUUGGAGGAGGAGCUAUCAAUGGAACAGCGGAAUCUAUAGUCACGACGGGUCUCAUCUGGUGCCAAGCUCCCUUUGGAUAUGCAACUGGACUAUGUUUAGCCGGUUACUUCUUUGUCGGCAAGAUGCGAUCUCAAGGGUACGUUACAAUGCUAGACCCGUUUACUUACAAGUAUGGAGAGAGAAUGGGUGGGUUAUUGUUUAUUCCAGCGUUAAUGGGCGAAGUGUUCUGGACAGGUGCUAUAUUAUCCGCUCUUGGUGCAACUUUAUCAGUUAUUCUAGAGUUAGACGCCAAAAUUUCAAUUAUCGUGUCUGCAUGCAUAGCGGUCUUUUACACCUUCUUCGGAGGGCUUUAUUCAGUAGCGUAUACAGACAUUGUACAGCUUGGCUGUGUGUUUGUAGGUCUGUGGCUUGUCGUCCCAUUUGCCAUGACUCAUGAGGCGGUUGGAGAUAUCACAGUUAAUGCUACAUCUAACUGGGUAAAGACCCUCGAUCCCGCUUAUGCAGGAGUGUAUAUAGACAAUUACUUAUUUAUUGCAUUUGGUGGAAUUCCAUGGCAUUCGCUGUUCCAACGAGUACUUGCUUCUACAACUGCUCGAAAUGCGGAAAUAGCUACAGUUCUGUCUGGAGUGUGUUGUUUCAUAUUUCUAGGACCAUCUUUUCUGAUAGGGAUAGUAGCGAGCGUCACAGAUUGGAACCAGACAAGGUAUGCAGAAGUUGGAGAAGUGCCAAUUCCUGCUAAGGACUUGAAGCUUAUAUUGCCCCUUGUUCUAGAGUAUCUAACGCCGAAAGCAGUGGCCUUUGUUGGACUGGGAGCUGUGUCAGCAGCAGUCAUGUCGUCUGCUGACUCAACAACAUUGUCAGCCAGUACCAUGUUUGCACGAAAUGUGUACAAACUUGUUUUCAGACCACAGGCAUCAGAAUCUGAAAUCAUAUGGGUAAUGAGGAUAUCAAUUAUUGGUGUGGGUACUCUCUCCGCUAUUAUGGGCAUUGUCGUAGAUUCCAUCUACAUGCUAUGGUUUCUGUGCUCCGACCUUGUGUAUGUUGUGCUGUUUCCUCAGCUGCUUUGUGCAAUUUAUUUACGAUGGACUAAUACGUAUGGUUCCUUGUCUGGUUAUAUUGUUGGGAUAUUCUUUCGAUUAGCUGCGGGCGAAGUGGCUCUUGGAAUUCCAGUUCUGAUAAAAUAUCCAUUUUUCAGUGAAACAAAUGGCCAGAUGUUUCCGUUCCGUACUUUUGCUAUGCUCCUUUCAUUAAACACGAUCAUGUUCAUGUCGUAUGCGACCAAUUAUUUAUUCCAUCAUCGUAUAAUAAGCAGAAGAUUCGAUAUAUUUGAGACUAAAAAACGUGAAUCAAUCCACAAAAUCAAACAAAUGGAAAUGUCGCCAUUGCGACAAACGUUUGAAGAGGAACGAGAACAUCUGUCGUGAAAUACGUUAUUGAGCCGGUUUUUUUCAUGUCAAUCGGUAAAUUCCGGCGAUUACAUAGUCUCAUUAUUUAUUUCGAUGUACUUCGAUCUUUAAUGUAGCACAUACGAGGAAACCAAAGAAUUCGCGUACGAAGAACAUGUAAUCGAACGGAUAUUGCCGAUUAUCAGUUACCUAGUGCCUUCUUAAAUGGCAUAAUCACAUUUUAGUUGUAUAUAUAGUUUUAUCUUGAAUCUGUGUAUGUUCGCAAGUGUGCUGUAGAAAAUAUAUCAGCUUCAGAUCA